GUCGAAAGUAGUGGGGGAAGAAUUCCAUUUUCUAGUGACUGUUUUAUGUUUUAUUUAGUGUUAGUUGUUAAUAAGAACAAAUCAUUGUGUUUUUCUUGCUUUAUUUAAAUAUUUUAGUGAUAUUAAGUUUAAUAAUGACUAAAACGUAGCGACAUGGCUUGCGUACGGACCGCGUACAACCUAAUUUCACAUCAGCAGGUGUUAGACUGACACUAGGGUCAAUUCAAAUACCUAUAUCCUGUAUAUGAACUCUUUUUCUGUUGCUGAACAGAUUGUAAUGGUAAAUUGGACAAUUUCGCUUUACUUAGGAUACGCUUAUACGACAUGCAGAUUAACUGCAAAUUAAAAAGAAGCUCUAAGAUAGAGCCACUGGUAUGCUGUUGCGAUGGCAGGAAAACCUGACUUAUCCUCCGCCUCUGGCAUCCAAAAUGUUAUAGUAUAUGUAUCUGAUGACAAUUUUGCUCAGGCUUACUCUCUGGGGCAACAAACAGUUCAAGAAUCCAAUCAUAUUGUUCAAGGUGAAGGAUAUAAUGUCCUUUCUGCACCAAAUGCUUCCCUAGUUGGACCAGUAAAGUCCUUCAGAGAGAAAUCAACUGUUAAACUUGUGGACUAUGCAGUUAAGCAACCACAGGUUGAAAAUGUUCAACAAAGGGAAUAUUACAAUAAUACAUUACCUCAGAACAGAGGUUGUGUUUAUCCCUCUAUACCACAAAGUGGUUUUCCACAAAAUGAUGUCACUUUCCACAAUGGUACGUGUGAGAAUGUGGAGUUAUUGCAAGAAGAAAAACAAGCCUCUGGCGCUGUUUGUAGUACCCUCAGGGUGAGAGAAGAUUGUACUAACUGUGAUUCAUAUGUGGACCAGGACUAUAAUAAGGUGCUGGCGACAGAAGGAGCUAUUCAGGGUGUCUGCUAUGAUACUGUUCGCCUUGAAGCUGCAGACUCCAGCUGUAGUAGUUUAAGUUCUUCAGAUGAUGGAUCACAACUGCUUCAUAACCAAUCUUCAGAAAUGGUUGUAUAUGAUCCUAAUAUUAAUGUAUCAGCUGGUAAUGUAGUACUUACUGUUGGCUCACCUCUCUCACAACAUCAACAUCAACAACAUCUGCAACAGCAACAAAUCCAGCAACAACAACAACUUCAACAGCAGCAGCAGCUUCAACAACAGCAGAUUCAUCAACAACAACAGAUUCAGCAGCAACAGCUUCAACAACAACAGCAACAGCUUCAACAACAACAACAGCAACAUCUACAACAACAACAUAUUCAACAACAACAGCAGCUUCAACAACAGCAACAGCUUCACCAACACCAACAGAUUCAACAGCAAUCUUCCAGUCAAGUAGUUGAAAAUUUUGGUCCUAUGCAGAGGCCUACUAUUACUGUACCUUUUGGAUGGAAGCGUUUAUUAAAUAAUGGAUCUAUUAUUUAUAUUAGCCCUAGUUCUACAGCUUUAAGGUCUCCUGAACAAAUUAAGGAGUAUUUGCUGACAGCUGGUACUUGCAAAUGUGGUUUGGAGUGCCACUUCAAGCAUGAAACUGUCUUUAAUUUUGAUCCCAAAGUCAUUGGGAAACCUUAUGUAAUGAUGCCAGAUUCAAAAACUGGAAAUAUGACAAAGUUAUGCAACCAUAAAAGAAAAAUAAUGCCUAUGGUAGCUUUAGAUAUUCCUCCUGUUGAUCAUAAUAUAAAGUUCCAAAGAGACCAAAAUAUGAAAAAGAAAAAGCGAAGAAUUGGUUUGCCUUAUAUGGAAGGAGUACCGGUCUCCCAGAUAAUAACUCACCGUGAAAAAAUAGCAUUGAAUCAAAAUUCUGAUAAAGAUAUGUCAACACAACCACAGAUUUUCCCCGAGUAUCCCCCAAAUAUACCACAACAAAACCAUCUUGUAAAAUAUCAAGACCAGCAGGGUAAUAGAGUGGUCUUAGCUGACGGAACUGUCAUGGUCCAGCAAUCAAACUCCACCAACGAAUCUCAAGAAGUCCUAAAGAACGAUCAAAUUCACCAGAUCAAUAACAUGCCUAACACAUUCAACUCACAGUCUCGCCAGGUAUUGGGUCCUAAUGGACAGAUCAUUCAAGUCCGAAGUGGGUCAAAUAAUCCUCAAGGAAAUGUGUAUCAUAUGGCACAUCCUACUGGACCUAGAAUGAUCGCCCACAUGCCAAAAGAAUCAGAAGAACAUCGCAUUUUCAUUAGUCGACAACCAAAUGAACCUACAGGACCAGGAAGGCCCCAACACAUCCAAAUAGUGCGGGUUAAUGCUCCAAAUCAACAGAAAUUGGUAGAAAAUAAUCAAAUUAUAGAUAGGAAUCAACCCAAACGUCAUAUGCAGCCCCUCCAACCACAAUUCUGCAACCCUCAACAGUACCAACAGGUUCAAUUGUGUGGUCCCCAUAGGCAUAUUAGACCUUUCAAUCAGGCUCCUCUCCAACCCAACCAGCAGAAAAUUAACUGGCAAAAUCAAGUGCGUCGGCCUACGACCAUAGAUCAACAGAAACAUCUGGAACAACAACAAAAACAACUAGAACAGCAACAUCAGAACCAGCCUAAUGUCUGCGAGAGAGUACCACCGCUCUACCAGCACACUCCUCCAUUGGCAGUAUGCCAGGAGGAAGUCAAGAGAAAGAAGGUAAAGAUGGGGAAGUUUGGCAAGAAUAGACCUUACAGAGUGGUGGAGGGAGGAUGUUCCAAUAGCCAUUUCUCAUGUCCAAACAUUGACAUUCGUCAUAUACCUCAAGAGAAUAGGCCUGUGAUGAUGAAUAAUUUUUCACAAAAUCUCAAAAGUUCCAGUCCAUCUUUUAUGGAAGAUCCUAGCGGCUACCUGGCUCAACAAACAGCUUUGCUGAAUAGCACUAUCAACAGACAAACAGGUGCUGCUGGAUGUUCAGGAUACACUUGUAAUAGUCCUGGAACAAUGUGCCAGAACCCUCAAUCAUUGAAUAUUAACAGUCCUUCAAAUUCUCCAUCCCAAGAACUACCUGCUGCGACAAAUGAACCUACAAAUAAUCUCCUCAAAACCGCACGAGGAAAUUUCGCUAGGCUGCCUCAAGAUUCCAAUGCUCCACUUCCACAGAACAAUCUGGUUCAAGUCCAGCCGGGUUUUGACAGUACCAAGUCUCAUCAAUAUUGCCGGUGUUGCGUUCCUGAAGGAUUUCAACCGAAUUACCAAGUAAAGGCUCCUAAAUCUCAUGUUUCGAAUCCUGACGAUCCUGUAACGUCCUCUACAUCGUAUGACAAGCAAUUCAAUCAAAAUACAGUCGAUAUUCAGCCGAUACAAGGUGGUACUGUCAGUACUAGCAAUAUUUCGCCUAUGGAAAGUACUUCCGACCCGCCAACUCCGGAUCCGCCUCAAAGGAUUGUUGACAACUCACAGAUCACAAGUACUUAUGUGACAUAUUCUAAGCCAGACCAAGAAUACCGACAGGCGAUGUGUGCUAAAUCCAGUGAGCCUGUGUGUUGCUUCCACUCACAAGCACCAAUGGUUACAACUAUGGCCAGCAGUAGAACUGUAGGCAGCAACACAAUUACAUCAGUACUUGCUGGAAGGACAAAUACUACAACAACUUCAUUGAAUACACCAUCAGCGAUGACCAGAGCAAUUGGUCACAAUACUGCUACUGUCCAGUCUCAAUCUAUGACAAAAUCUCCUCUGGAAAUGGUCCAAAGUAUCGUGAGCAGUAUCCAGAUGCCUAAUACAUCACAGAAUUCCCAAAUAGGUAAACCAGAUGGUACUCAUCAUGAACAACAUAUUCUCGUGUCUUCCGGGGAACAAAUCGUUAUGGGCGGAUCACACGAAGAUAUACAAGUACCACCCAAAGUCAUCACCAAUGAAGGUAUGCCUCCCGUUACUGUAUCACCUAUGGUAACUACCGUUACAUCUUCCGUGGGUACUGUUAUUCCAACUGUUGGACAGCAGGUUCUUGGCCAACAGGCAGUUUUAGUAAAUGCUCUUCCAGCACCUUUUGUUCUUCAACCUGGAGUUACAAUGACUAUGGACGGUGUUCCUGUCGGUCAGAACUUGCAACUACCCCAAUUUGUAACAGGAAAUCUCAUUCAACAGCCGAUACAAAUUGAAAACUCUGACACACGGAGGGUUCCACCGCUACUGUCGCCGGAUACGAAGAAGAAGGGUAAAAAGAGGAAGGAAUCUGCUCAGACUGUAGCUAGCAUGUUGCAAUUCGCUACCCAACAGAGUCCCGGGAUGGUGAUUUCUCCUCAAGGAUUCCCGCAGCAACUACAGAUGAACAGUCCUCAAUCUGUGACAGCUACACCCGUCAUGCAAGCUGUGACUAUUGUUCCAAAUAAAACAGGAGCUCCAGCUCAGAUAAUAAUGAAUGAUCAAUCCAUGGCGAACUCGAAUUUGGGCACCCAGCAGCUUAUAACAAAUUCUCAAUCUCAGCAAAUUAAUUUAUUACAACCGGUUAAUUUAAUUAACAGUACCGGUGUAGUUCAAAACUUCCCAGCUAUUCAUCAGUUCAUUGUACCGAACUUGGGUGGUAUGGUCGUUAAUCCAGAUGGUACAGCAACAAUCCUUCAAGAUACUUCCAAUUUGGGCAUGCAGCUACAAUUCCAGAACGUCAACGGCCAAAAUAUGCUCACUUCAGUUCAGAAUAAUGGUCUAUUCAACAACGGGCAAACUAUAUUUGCAGCUGGGCCAUCUGGAAUGGUUAUUAGAGCUCCCACUUCUCAAGGAAAGAUCAUCCAGCAACAGCACAGUCCAGUAGCGCAGUUUUUGUCCCCCAAUGGGGGACAAUUCAUCAUGAACGGAUCCCAGUUCAGCGGACAGCUUAGUCCUCUUGUAGCAAGCGUGAGCCCCAACCAACAGGUGACUUUCAACAGUCCUCCACAACAGAUCAGAUCCAGCAACUCGCUACAGCCGACCCAACAGGAGUAUAUCCAGAUGAAUGGGCAAACUCUGAUCGUUCCUUGCAGCUUGGCUUCCAGUAUUCCCGUUUCCAGUCAGACUUCCAAUCAAAAUACUACGUUUCUGCAGCAAAACACGACGAUAGUGCAACAGCAGACUACAAUGUUGACCAAUCAGGGCUUGCAAAACUUCCAGAAUAACCAGCAAACCCAGCAAGGCGGUCCCAAACCAGCAACUUUAACUGCAGGCAUCGAAGAAGCUAGAGAAAGCCCGAAAUCAUCUAGUCACUGCAGACAGUCAGUGUCAACUCAAACGGCAGUAAAUCAAAACGUCCAGGCGAUCAUUACCAACACCUCGUGUCAGACGUCGACGAUUUCAGCCGCAAGUCCACCGGAUACAACGACUAUGAGUCCUGUUCCAGUGGCGUCUGAGAUGCAGAGUCCCAUUCUUGCCGAUACUACAACUCACACCGAUGACGGGCUCUCUCCAGUACCGUUAAGCUGUACUGCAGUUAGACACGAUAAUGUUAGAUCCGAAUCUCAAUCCUGCACCAUGGCGAUGGUCCAUUGUAUAUCGAGCAGUGAACCAGAUCCUUCAGAUGGGCAGAAUCCCGAUCCAGACUGGAAGCAAACCCUUCAAACCAAUAACAGUAACAUAAAUGAGACGUACACAGGUUAUUUGGUUGGGAGUCUCCUUAUAAAUUCGUAAAGCAGCAUUAGUAGUGUCCAGACAUAUGUCCAUAUUUAUUCAUUACCUUUAACUUCACACGUAAAAAUGUCCUUAACUGUUUCAUUGUAGUUAUUUAUAACAAUCGAACAAAGCAGGAAAUCCAGAAAAUAUCAAAUGAGUUUCAUCUCCUGUAUAUUCAAAUUCUUUCCCAGAUUUUAACGACAUACAUACCAUUAUGGUGCAUGGAUGGAAAGAAACAAAAGGUAUAGAUAAAAAUCGUAUCGUGUAGAUAAGAAUCACAGGGCGACAAACAUAUUAAAGAGUAAAAUCUCAGAAAAGACAUCUAGAAUAAAAUGUAUAAGAACCUAGUCAUAGAAAUUAAAUGGAAGGACAAAAUGAUUUAUCCAGAGCUAGGAUCGUACUAGAUCAUAUCAUGGAAUUAAGAAACACAAGAUCAAAGAAUAGAUCAAAGAUUUAAACAUAUAUCUCCAAGAAUAUGUACUUCUUUACUUUAUAUAUCUUUAAAUAUUUUAUAUACUUUAUAUAAUAUACUUUAUAUAAACUUUAUACUUUAUAUAUGUAUAUAUAAAUAUUUAUGGUUAUUAAAUCGUGUGAAAAUUUUGUAAUUAAUAGCAUUGCUGGCCCCGCCCACUAAUGUAAUUGUUGCAAUGACAACUGACAAAGAAGAUAGUAGCAGAUGGCAUUAGCGGAUGUAAGUGAAGAUAAUUCUGUUGAACAUGACUUGUGGCCGCCACAGCUAUAUUUUCUUUUAAAUAUUGUAUUUGCUGAUUCAGUACAAUUAACAGGAAAACCAGUUGGCUUGGCGAUGUUUUGAGGAUUUCCCGCUUUCGUUUCCUAUUCAUUGUUUUCAGUUGGAAUACUAGGAGACCAGUGUUCUAGUCGCUUUCUUAUCUAAAAUACUAAAAUAUAGUAAGAGUUUUUGUAUCUAUAUGGUAAAACAAAAUAGAUUUGUAUAAUUGAUUUAGGUAUGAUGUAAAAAAUCGUAGGUAAGACAUACACAUUCGUUUAG